AUGUCAAAGCCAAUCUUUCUCUGUAUUCCGGGGGCCUCUCACUCUCCUCGAAUUUAUGAACCCCUCAAAGCAGCUCUUGUAUGCUAUGGCUAUACGAUUGUACCUCUAGCACUCCCGUCUGUGGGAGGAAAUCCGCCUACUUAUGACUUUACGGAAGAUGUUGUAGCUAUUAGGCACAUGGCUACACAUCUAGUCGAAUCAGGAAACGAUGUCAUCGUAGUGAUGCAUGGUUAUGGCGGGCUACCGGGAGGGGAAGCACUUCAAGGCCUGGGGAAGAGGGAGCGGGAGCAAAGAGGUCAGAGAGGUGGUAUUGUGAGGCUGGUAUUCAUCAUGUCUUGGAUGGCAAAAGAAGGCUUCCAAUCGAGUCCCAGAGGAGACGUCUCGGCAUUAUUUCCAUACAUGCGACCGAAUCUCCACACCGGGACCAUCACCAUAAACCCCAAAGAAGCCGCCUCAGUCUUCUACAACGACAUGUCAGCCCGCGAAGCAGAAUACUGGGCAUCCCAGAUCCUCCCCCAGAGCAUCGGCGUAUUCUGGAGCCAGACCACAUUCGCGGCGUGGCGCUACAUCCCUUCAACAUACGUGCUGUGCGGGAGGGAUAACUGCAUGAGCCUUGCAUACGGCGAGAUGAUAUUAAAAGACGCGCAGGAGUCGAAACCUAACAUGAUUGACUCUGUGGAGCGGUGCGACGAGGCUGGACAUACGGUAUUUCUGAGUCAGGUUUCGUGGACGGUAAACAUGCUUAGAAGAGCGGCAGGUGAAAGAACAUGA